GUCCGCACCCGCCGCUGCGGAAGUGCCCGUUGCGAUGGCCAUCGAGUCCGACCGCAAGCCGGAGAUAAGCACUGCCGCUCAGCUUGAUGCUUGGAUGGAGUCGUGCAGCAGACUGCAGGAGGGACGUCAGGCGGGAGGCCCGCACGACCUGCCGCGCGGCAUUCUCGCCAGCGAUCGCAGUAGCAAGCCGAUUUCGCACGCUGCAGGAAGCAGCAGUGCCGCUUCCAGAUCAGCAGUUCUGCGACCGAUGAUGGGAUUAGGCGACCCCACAUCCAUUGCAGGCGCAGCACAGUCGUCUACGCCUGGCGUUGUGCUCGCAGCACCCGCUGCCGGUAGCAGCGACACCCCGAUCGCACAGCAGGUGCUCCCGGGCCGACCGAUCGGCACCACACUUGCGCUGCGCAAGGUCCGCGCACUGCCGCAGCGCCGAGUACUUCCGCCUCGCGCGGCGAAGCAGGUUUUCGCACCGAUACCGCGAGCGCCGGCUGCUCGCGCCAGACCCACUCCUGCCCCCGCUAGGCAGACCGACGUGGCGCGGCCACCUGCUGUCGUGAAGAACAGUGGAAAAAUGCACAAGGCUCUGUGCAUCCUCCGCGACCCAGCCUCGCUGCAGGCCGCCAGGGAGAAGAUGGCGCAGUUCACCUGCACCAAGACCAGGCGCGCAAACGCCGACAGCGUGUUGUCGCGCUACAUGAAAAUGGCGCAGGAGUCGCCAUGGCCGGUGGGAACGGUGAACAGCUUCCUGGACUGUAUUGCGGUCAGCAUGGAGGCCGACUACAACACAGUGACCCGGUCGAUCACUGCCGCGAUGGCAGACCCGAAGAUCUGCCGCGUGACCGAUGGGGAGCGCAAAUGCGUUGAGGAUACGCUGCGGAUGCUACAGCGGAGGGGGCACGUGGACGUGCCGGCGCAGAAGGUCCCGCUGACCGCUGUGCACGCUCUGGACGCGUACCACCGAGGGUUGGUUACCCGCUCCGACCUUGCCGUUCUGCUGCUGACGUUCUUCGGCGGGCUACGCAAGAGCGAGGUGCCUCGCUUGGACCUCGAGGCAACGCAGACGAAGGGCACGAUCUGGAUGACCUGGGAGGACAGCGGCGAUCUGAAGCUGCACUUCCGCCACAGCUGGACAAAGAGCGGGAGCCUCUACCAGGUCUCGCGGGUGCGCUGCAUCUGCAAGGAGCUACCGGCGCACGGGCUGCCGGGGUACUCGUGCAUCUGCAAGCAGCGGGAGUUUCUGUGCGCGAAGGCGCGGCCGCUGCUCGACGUCCACGCCAUCAUGCAGAAGAUGGGUUUCGCUACACAGUCGACCCAUUCUUGGCGAAUUGGGUGCUGCAACUGGCUGUACCAAUGCCAGACCAUCCCGUUCCACCUGCUGCUGGUGCACUGCCGGUGGGCAAGUACAGACCUCAUGCUGAGGUACCUGAGGGGGCUGCCGGAAACGAGUCCGCAGCACUACAGAAAGAUCGCUUUUUGCAGCGGGUGAGCGAGAUAGUAAGGUAGCACGCGCACCACUUUGGAAGUUCGCCCCGUCGAGCUUGACACGCUCAGACGGCUGUUUUGAUUUUGGUUCCGUGUAGAAUGUUGAUCUACAUCGCGAUAGUACCUGCACGCACACACAGUUUUUCACGCACGAUGUACACACAUGAUUCAUACGAGUAGCACGGAGUCCGACUUUAUGUACACAGUUCCUGCGACAGUAAGUCACAUUGCAGCGAUGCCAAGGUGCGCACGAU